AUAAACACUAGAAUUACGAUGUUGACAUUGACGAGACCUCGUAGACUCCGUUUUACCGUCGCUUCGCUAUUUCUGAUUGGCUUAGUAUGGGUUACGACGAGAUCUCCUGGCGAGGUUUCAAUCUCUGUGGAUAAAGCGAAGGAGACCUUUCAAGAGGCUUACAAGAGCGUUUCAUCGCAGGCUUUUGACUCACAUUGGGGAACUGAUAACGAGGACCAUGGCUAUGAUACUGAGAGAAAUGAUGAUAGCAACGCCUUGAAUGGAGAGAGUGGAGAAUUAGUGGAUACCAAAGCUGAUGAUGAAGCUGAGUCAUUCAAUGACGCUGCUGUGGAGAACAAGGAUUCUUUUAAAGAGAUUGGCGAGUUGGAACUUGUGGAUGAAGAAGUUGUUAUGGCUGCCGAGCCAGACGAACUCAGUGAUGACGAUAUUGCUGUUCAAGUGACUCAUGGUUCUGGAGUUUCUGAUGAUUCCGCUGAUGGUUCUUUGCUGGAGUCUCAAUUUGAUUCAGAGGAUGCGCAAGCUCAAGAGGACAGUACAGGCGUUUUGAUGACUUUUGAUACGAAACCUGAAGAGAUUGGAGAAGAUGACCAAGAAGAAGAGAACCAAAAAGAAGUGGGCAAGGAAGAGGAUAAGGUACAGGGCACUUCAUCUUUGAAGAAAACACUGAAGGGAUCUAAUGCCGAUAUUGAACCAAAGGAAGAUAGUGAUUCUGGUUCUUCAAAGGCCACUUAUAAAGAGUCUAAUGUUGGUUCUAACGAGAAACAAAAGGUGGAUAUCAGAAGCUCUAAGAGUUCCAGCAAGAGUUCCAAGGGCUCCAAGGGAUCCGUGGGCGUUUCAGGGGAAGACGCAGAAGAAAACGAAGCAGAAGGAAAGACCAACCCAGCUUCGACGAGUUCUCUGAACGGAUCUAGCUCUAAGUCUGAACAAGACGAGAGAGCCUUUGAUACUUCAACAUGGGGUCCUAUCGGACUAGAGCAAUAAGUCACCUAGUUUUCGAAGAGGAAGCCCCCUAACAUGAUCGAUAAUUUGAGAUGAAGCGGACAGGUCUGCUGGUGCUCAUACUGUUCCCACUUAAACAAGUGCAAU